AUGCAUCUCUCUAUACCUCCUCCUUUAUCAAAUACUUGCUUUUUAUGUUCUAUUUGUGGAAAAAAAUUUAAAAGCUUAUAUCUUGAUAGAUUGCCAACUAAUAUUAUUGCAGAAUUUAAAGAGAUCUUGACUAUGGAAAUACACAAAAAAUUGGUUUUAAAUUUUAGAACAAAAGGAAAGUAUAAGUGUAUUUUUCAGGGUGAAAAAGCAUAUGAGAUUAUAAAUCCUGUUCCAUGGAAUCCUUCUACCUCACAUAACCAAUCAGAAGAAGAAGUACAUCCUCUUGAACAAUUAAUUUAUCAACAAUCUUUAAUUAAAAAACAAGCUAGGCAGCCACAAUUUUUACAUGGUGAAAUUUUAAUAGAAUGGAAAAAACAUAUAUCAAAUGAAAAGGUUUAA